UGAAUUAAAGGGCUCUCCGUGAGCCGCUCAACUUACACACACACGCUCUCUCUACACAGACACCGGUCGCAUGCUGGUCUAGCACGUUGAAUGAAUGAACAACAACGGCAUGCAAGUAAUCAGCCGCGGUGAGGAUCACAUCUGAUUGGAUAUAGGAGUCCCGUCACAGCCAUACUAUGUUGCGGAACAGGUACGGUUCGUACACGCGUUCCAGUGAUCGCUGGAGUACAGGAGUCGUUAUCUGUGUGGAGUACCAUCAAGUCAUUGUUUAACUCUUCCACUGCUGUUGCCAAAAAGUGAGGUAAGAGAGAGAGGAGGACAACUGGAUAUUACAAUGUAAAUUGGUGUAAUAUUGUAUAACGUGUUUGGGAUAUCCUGUGCUUCAAUGGAUUUAUCUCGACUUGGUGUAUACUGCUGUGUUUCCUUCAUGAGAGGAUAGCCUUUUUCCUAUUGAAGAAGGUUCUGUACGGAACAAGCUUGUGGUAUUCUACACAAGAGUGAGUCUAUGGAUGAGCUGGACCGAGGGAUACUGCAGAGUCAAGCGCUGUAAUUAGCGAUGUCAAGGGAGCAGUGAAUUGUACACGCGGAAAGAGCGAUACUUGGCAGAAGCACGUACUACUUCCACUGCGGGAAAAUCCACGAUCAUCGAGACAAACUUUUGGAUACAAUGUCUGUGAACGACGACGGCUGAGGACAGUGAACCGAUAUGCGUCGACUGCGACCACCAAAUUGGUUGUACCAUCCUCUUGAUGUAAGAUACUUAACGGAUAACUAGUGACGGUACCGUGAUGUGAACAAAGCUAUGUGUGGGAUUUCCUCAUCAGAUCCAAUGUGGCCUAUUCAGGGAUUAUCUGUGACGUUUUCGCUCCUGGGUCUGCUGUGGAGCACAUGCCCAUCAGUGUCUGCGGCUCGGCCUCUGCGCUACACAAACCCCCGGUUCUUGGACACUGCUGAAAACAUCACAGUUGAGAGUGGUCAAGAAGCUAUCUUGCCAUGUGCUGUGGAAAAUCUCGGACCAAAAUCAGUUAUAUGGAAGAAAGUGUCGCAGCCGCACCCAAUCACAAUUGGAGAAUACCUAUUUGCUCCGGACAGUCGAUAUUUCCUUAAAAGGAGAUCAACACAGAUCGCAAAUCCUGAGUGGGACCUACAUAUCCGAGAUGUUCAGCCAGUCCAUGCUGGAGUUUACGAAUGUCAAAUUAGUGCCAAGGAAGAUAUUGUACGCCAUGUAACAUUGCACGUUAUAGACACAGGAAAAAAAACAAAAGCCAGUGAGGGUGGUUCAUCAGGUGGUUCUGUAGGUAAUGUAGGUAACUCUGGUGGUUCCCUUUGGUCACGAUGGUUCUCAGAUGAAGUGGUCAUGGUUGUUCAUUACAAAGUCUUAUCUGGUGCUUCCUCAGGAAUCAGGCUGAUGGGCACACCUUUUGUAGAAAAAGGGGAUACAAUUAAACUCAACUGCACCGCAUCGGCAAAAGAUUAUUCUCCUCAAGGAGUGGACUGGUUUAAAGAUGGGAUAAAAUUACGACAGACUGAGAGAAUCUCAAUAAACAGCAUACCCACACGAAUACACAAAACGGUACAUAGCAAGUUGGAGAUUAUAAGAAGUAACAUGACCGAUGCUGGCACCUAUGUCUGUCGGAGCUCACAGUAUCACAUUGCAAGCCUCAAAGUUAUUGUUCUCAACGGAACAAUCCUAAAUGAUGAAUCAGCCAAGUCCUCGAAUGUAAAACGUGGAUAUAUUCGAUUAUUAGGACAAUUUCCUGGGUACACUACACCAAAGGCGCAACUGCCACAGACCUCUAGGGGGACAAACUUGUCAACGACAACUUUGUGUCUGUUGCUUCCCUUUGUUCUGACCACACUGUUGAUGUGGACAACAUCAUCGCUGUCAUGGCACAGAUAGUAGACAGAAAGGUGUUUUUGUUCUCUCCUCCACCAUGCAGUAAAUGGUGCACACUGUACAUAACAUCAUCCUCCGAGAGUUCCAUGUCAGAUGCCAAUGUUCUUCACUGGACAUGACAAGCAAGGUGUACACUGUACAUAGGACUUAUUCUUGAAGGCUAUCGGUGUCUAGACGUCACUGUACAGAAUGCCAUAUGAGCACAGUGUACAGAGUAUCUACUUGGUCAAGUCAUUUGUGUACAAAAAUGUGCACACAUUCAUACGUCUGAAUCUUCUUGUGUGGGAUGAACCAGUUACUUGAGGAGUUUGUGUUCUGAACAGUAGAAACUGUCAGCUUCUGAAACAGCAAGACACAUCAUGACACUCCACACUGGUCAUCUAAAGGUCAAGCAGGAUGUGGAGGAAAUCUGUUCUAAGGAUCAAGGAUUUGAAUCAAUGGACAAUAUUGAUAUGUACAAGCAUAAGCCAACCAGGGAGAAGAUAUCCUUGUCAUGGAACCGUUGAGUCAUCAAUACAAGCAUGUAUCUUGGUGAUGAUAUUGCCAUGAGAAUGGAACAGUAUACAUCCUGAUACUGAUCAACUUGCAUCUGAUCUUUGGACAUGUUCAUCUUAGUUGACUAAACUGGAAGCCUCAGGUAUCAGGCAACAUCAUUAAUUUAUUUACUGUAAACAUACUCUGAAGGCUUGAUGUUUAGCUUGUAUGAUGCAUAACUGUGGACUUUGUUGGUACAAGUGAGCUUUUCAGUCGGAUAGGACCAGCAUCAAGCAUUGGACUCAAAUAAGGACGGGUUAUUUAUUGUUUUUAAUUCCAUUUGUCAGGUUUGGGGAUAAAAUCAUUAGAAGAAAUUCUAAUUAUCUGUAAUUUAACACACCUGAUAAUCAUUCAUGUGCUUGUAUUAUGUACAUUGAAUGAAAUACUUUCAGUUA